CUUCAAGUGAUUAGCUAAAUGUUAGCAUUUUGACUUUGAUUUAAUAAACAAAAAACAAAUAAAAAAAAAUUAUCAUUCAUAUUUUGGUGUGUGUGUGUUUGUCAUUAUUCAGUUAUUCAUUUAGAAAGCUUAAUUUUAAAAAUUUCUCAACAAUGAGAUCGAAUUUCAUCUUUUCAAUUCUCAAAAUUAUCAUUACCAUCUAUACGGCUUUAACUUUACCAUUUUAUUUUGUUUAUCAGAAACCAUGGAAAAAAGUACAAGCUUCGACAUCGUUUCAAAUUCGCCAGAUCAAAGAUAAAUAUGGCCGAAUAAUUUAUUCACGGAAACAGGCAAAACGACCGGACAGUCAUCUAUUCAAUUAUCGUACCUAUUCCGAUGCGUUAAAUCAUUUGAGCCGUGAUUUGAUUAAAGUAGGUCGAAGAGAUAUUCUUAAUGAAGAAUUACAAUAUGAUGAAAAUGAAAAGCCCAUAAUGUUUAAUGGGCGAAUGUUGUCCAAAAUCAAAUUAACCGAUUAUCAAUGGGUAACAAGAGGUGAGAUUUUGGAUCGUGCAGAUGCUAUUGCUCGUGGUCUUCGACAGCUUGGUGUUCAACAAAAUGAUAAGGUUAUGAUCUAUGCUGAAACAAGUCUUGAAUGGUUUCUUGUUGCUUUGGCCUUGCAACGAUUAUCAUCAAUCACGACGACACUUUUCUCUACGCUAAGUGAUUCCGGUAUCGUACAUGGAUUAAAUCAAAGUGAAUCUUGUUAUUUGGUCAUUGAUGAAUCAUUAUUGAUGAAAAUUGACAAACUUCAAGAUCAAAUUAAAUAUAUUAAGCAAAUCAUUUACAUUGCUAAUCAUCCUGCAUCGUAUAAAAGUCAAGAUGCUGAAGUACAGAUGGCUAAGAAUCGAUUAACCCAUAAAUAUUCAGUAUCAUCAUUGAAUGAAAUCGAAACAAUUGGUAAUGAAAUUGAACAGUAUGAAUUCCCGGUAGCUAAUCCGAAUGAUGUGAUGAUGAUCAUGUAUACAUCGGGAACAACUGGUGAUCCAAAAGGUGUUAUCAUAACACAUGAAAAUUUCUAUACCAGUGUUUUGAAUCUAUGGGGUAGAGAUUUAGAGCAACCAAUUUCAUUAUCACGAUCCGAUCUACCGGUAUUCUUACCAAUGGCUCAUAUAUUUGGCUAUUCAACUAUUCUGACAUUUUUUCUAAGUGAUGGCCGUAUGGGAUUCUCAUCACCUUUCACAUUGCUCAAUUCAUCACCAUCACAUGUUACUGGGCAAAUUGGUGAUAUUAAUCUGAUAAAACCCGAUCUGUUUCCGGCUGUUCCGUUGGUACUUGAAAAACUUGUUAGUGAAAUUUAUCGAAAACUGAAUGCACGCUCACCAUUGGCUGUGGAAAUUUUCGAUUACCUAAUGGAUUAUAAAAUUCAUUGGAGAUCCAAAGGUUUCGAUACACCAAUCAUUAAUCGAUUAAUUUGUAAUAAAAUUAAUCAAGAAUUUGGUGGCCGAUUACAAGCACUUUUGGUCACUGGUGCUGCAUUCAGUGAACGUACUCAUGCAUUGGCAACCGUAGCAUUGAAUCUUGUUUGCAUCUAUAACAUGUAUGGAAGUACUGAAACUACAUGUCCGAUGGCCAUCAUGAUGAUUGAUGAUCUUAGCUAUGGUCGUACCGGUGUACCAUUGAAUGAUUUUAAAUACUAUUUGGAUGAUUGGCAUGAAGGUGGCUAUACGACAAAAGAUGAACCUAAUCCACGUGGUGAAAUUGUUGUCGGUGGUCUAACCAUCGCUCUUGGUUAUUAUAAUAAACCCGAAGAAACGGAAAAAGAUUUCUACACCGAUGAUGAUGGAUGUCGUUGGUUCUGUACCGGUGAUAUUGGUGAAGUUUUUCCUGAUGGAACAUUGAAAAUUAUUGAUAGAAAAAAAGAUCUAGUCAAAUUGGCUAAUGGUGAAUAUAUUUCUCUUGGAAAGAUUGAAACUGGAUUACGUUCAUCUGAUUAUGUUGAAAAUAUCUGCAUUGUAACCGGACCAUUUCGUAGUGAAAUAAUUGCCUUAAUUAUGCCUAAUCGUAUGGCAUUGACGGAACUUGCAACCAAAUUGAAUUUGAAACAAGAUUUUCGCCAAUCAUGCGAUGAUCCAUUGAUCAAUGAUGAAGUAUGGCGAUCUAUACAGAAUAAAUGUCAACAACUUGGAUUCAAAAAACGUGAAUGUCCAGCUAAAAUUAUUCUGGUUAAAGAAGAAUGGACACAAGCUAAUAACAUGUUAACGGCUGCAUCAAAAAUGCGACGUAAAACUGUUGUCGAUUUCUAUAAAGAUACAAUCAAAUCUACAUUUCGUGAUCUUUGAAUACUUAAAUGAUUCAAAUUUAUUGAAUCGAAACGAAAACGAUUCAUUAUUAUUGUCAUAAUAAUUAUUAUUAUCAUUAUCUCUGUGUGUGUGUCUUAAUGAAAAACCUAGAAUUUUAGAUUUCACUUUAUCCAAAAUUUUGCUCACUGAAAAUCAGGAAAAAAAAUCAAAAAAUUCAUCAUAUGAUUUGA